AUGUUCUACGCAUGUCUCGCUACUUCCGUAUGUUUUUCUAUAGGUAUAGGCGGAAUUGUCCUUUCAUGGAUCGACAUUGAAAGGUGGAAUUUCGGACUUUACUUCGCUCUUCUCUCCGUUGUCGGCACAACAGUAUCUGCGGCUUUUUGGAUUAUAUCGCCUUCAGCUUGUGCAAACCCAAGAUGGAUACAAUGGAUUAUGGACAGAUAUGGAUACAAGGCAGAACCAUGUCGAAAUUGCUUCUCGAGUUUAUGCACCAAAGAGAGGCGACGGUUUUGGGAUGAUGAUGAAAGUAGUAUCAACACAGCAAUUGUUCUGACAAAACGCAAAAGGCGAUCAAGCAGCUGCCCGAUAAAAACGAGAAAGAUACGCCUGAACAGAGCUUGGACAGCGCAGGCUCGUCUCGUCUCCGCAUACAAGGAGCGAACUCUCAGUCCAAAGGAAAGACAAAAGCAAUGCGACAGUUCUUCGAAUUCAUGUUCCCCAUCUGCCCACAUUCUGUUAGCUGAAUCGAGUGGUCAGAAUUGUACAGAUGUAGAAAUUGUAUGA